CGUAAAUGGUUGUCGUUUGUGAAAAGCCAUCAUGCAUAGCUGAAAUUAAAAGUACAUUUGUUUCUUUAAUAAAUGUACUUGUUUAUUUUGCGUUUAAAUGGAUGCAUUUACUUAGUUUCGCACAUUGUGCACUUGUUUCUUAAUUACAAUUUCAUUCUUGAGAGACAAAUGAAUUUUUAACAAACGAAAAGAAACAACGGACGGUAUAGAUAAUUCUUUUGUUUCACGAGAAUGUGUCGAUUGUUUUAUGAUUGUCAAUUUAGCCAAAAUAAUAUGCAUUCGUCUUUUUAUUUCUGAAUUUGAUCUUCCCCUAAUAAAUAUUGGGUAAUCUAAAAGAAAAUUCUAACUAUUGUUGAUUUUCGAUCUUGAUUUGGUAAGAUAGGAAGCUCUUACUUCUCCAGACGUUUUUUCUUGUAUGUAGGUACAUAUUUAAAUCUGUGUGGAGUGCUCGGUGCGAGUUAUAGAGAUUUAAUCAUUGUCAUGACAUUAAGAAGCCAUUGUUCGAAACUGGUAUUUUUGAGGAUUGUUAAGGAAACAGUUGAUUGUCGCCGUUGUCGUCGUUUUUCUUUUGUAAAAGUGGACAUUUGAUUGGACGAUUCGUUUGUGUUUUUGCUUAAAAAUAAUGGUGUAAUGUUAACACGAAAUUUCGCGAAACACUCGCCUGUGAUGAGGACAUUAUGUACGGAAUUGAUUGAAGGAAUAGCCGUUAAAUUUUCGCGGAAUGCUACCUGGAUGCAUUAAAAAACCUGCCCAAGGUUCAACGGAUGAUGUAACAAAACAAACGGAAUCAAUUAUACAGAUAUACACGGAUUGGGCCAACUAUUACUUGGAAAAAUCACGAAACAAAAAGCGAUUUCUUUCGCUGGCCAGGGAUUGCUGCGACGGUGUACUCCUAGCCGAUUUGAUAGAAUCAGUUACCAACCAAAAAAUACCGGACAUUAACCGAAAGCCACAAACUUCCGUCCAAAUGUUGGAAAAUAUAAGUUCGUGUUUGAAUUACCUCAGGGCGAAACAUGUUUCCGGGAUUGAAACGAUCUCGCCCCAAGAUUUACGCGAUGGGGAUCUGAAAACAGUCCUGGCACUGUUUUUUGCCCUGUCAAGACACAAACAAGUCAGCAAACAAAGAUCCCAAGCCCUACAGGCACAGCCGAAAGCGCUUUGCGAUAUGGCUCCAAACAGAUCGUUGGCGGUAAGUCAGAAAACUUGUGCGUCGAGUAUACCUCUGCCCGAUUCAGCCCUCCCAUCUCGCAAAUGUCCUCCCGACAAAGUACGUCCGGUGACCAUCCCGAAUCCAGCAUCCAACACAGCCCAAUCCCUAAUUCCUCGGGUCCCAGUACCGUCGUCCAACAACAGACAACAGCAACAACAAUCGAACAACGUUCAACAACAAAAGAAAAACGCCUUGACAAAAUUAAAAAUAUUCAAAUCUGGCGAUAGCAAACCCACCCCCGUAACAACGGGCAAAAGAACGAGCAGCUCGAGCGGCGUAUCGUCGGCAAAGAGCGAAAGAUCUGAUAGCAGCACCGUCAGCCUGGAACAUUCCUCGGAUGCGAGACCAGCAAAAGGCAAUUCCAAGUUGAAACAAACGCGUUCAAUUAAAACAACGACCGGUUUAGUUAAAGUUACCCCAAGCGCCACUAAAAAGGACGCGACCAAUUUAAAACAGCCCCCUCGAACCGCGUCCGACAUAGAGAGGCAUGCACAGAAACUUGCUAAUCUUCCGGCGUCCAAAUUGGCGGAACCCAAACUUAAAGUUACGGUAAGUCGAAGCCAGCAAGUUUCUCCUGCACUGGUGGCCCGAUCUCCAACUCCCCAAAGUCCCGGAACCGGGAUACCUAAGCCGGUUGCUGCUGUUAAAGGGGUUAACAAAGUUCAUCGGGAUGAUAGGGAGAACCCUCAUAUAAGUAUUAGUCCGUGUGUGCCGGGCGCCACACAAAUUCCUGAGGAAUCGUUCGCAAAAGACAACGAAACCACGUCCGAAUGUAGCAACACCUCGUCCACCGAAAUCCAGGGUUACUCUUCCAGUAUUAGCUGUGCCAACACGUCGAUUCCCGAAGAACCCGACGUCAACGGCGCGGACGUUGCAACUGAUUCCGGAUUUGUCCAAAACAAACAGCCGUUGGUUUAUGUUCAGAGACCUCUGGGACCCUUGGCCGAGAAGGCCGAAGAGAGAGAACAAAGUAAUCAUCACGGUAAUCAUCUUAGCCAAGAAAGAAUAAUGGUGGACGUCGAAUCGAAUUACAGCAAUAUGACGCUACCGUCUAAAAAGCAAUUUUCAUUUAUUUACCCGGAUACGAAUGGGUUGCACUAUUCCGACAUAGCACUGACUAAUGGCUACCUGUCCGAUGGCGAAGUUUUACGGAAUCCUACAAACAACCCCAAUAACGACGGGUAUCUGUCAGAGGGUGGUUCAAAUUUGUACUCAAGAAGGAUACAAAUCACUCUGCAAAGACAACGGCUUCCCAACAGUGCUGGUUUGGUUCCUCCAGGCUUCACGGUGUUGACAGGACAGACUGUUAGAAGGGGGCGAUCCGAAGAAACUCCGCCGCCCCCUCCGGCACCCCGAGUUUCAUCCAGGUCAAAAGGUACUUCCACGGGAAGCCAAGUUCAAGAGAGCAAGCAUGGGCAGUGGAAGAGGUACAUGGACACGCCAGGUAUGGGAAGUCCUCCCCCGCCAGCUCCUUCGAGUCCAACGUCGGGACGAAAAGAAAAGAGAAGCAGUCCCCACGGAAGUAGCAAAGAAAAAAGUUCAAAAGUGAGAGGUAUACCACAAAAUUUCGGCUAUGUCAAGAAAACAAACGGAUCGUCCGCCACACACAAUCCGAACGGACCCAACUGCACACCAAACGGGAAUGCGCUUCUUCAUACAGGUUUAUCUAGUCCGUCUAACAAACCCACCCAGGUUUCUGUUGUUCCUAGAACGAAAGUUAAAGUUUCUGGAGGGACCCAAACGUGCUCCAGUGAUCUCCAGGAAUCUCACAAAGCGAAUCCCCAAUACAAAAGUUACUCCCUAACUGGAAACACAGCCACUCAAUUGAGCCAAUCUGUAAGGGAAAGACUGCUGAUGGGAUCACAAAGUUUACCAAAGGGCUCAGUCGCAGUACCAGAUCCUGGACUAAUAUUACGACAAGCCAGGCCCAAAGUUAGUGACGGUUCCCUUUCAGACACCCAAGCCUUGGAUGGUCCGGGACCUUAUACUCCGUGGUUGAGGCAUAGUAACACGUAUUCAGUUGCCCCAAGAUUAUCGGAAACCGACAGUUUAGAAAGUUUAUCCAGUUUACCGGGUCACAGGGGAAGUCUGACCCAUGCGAGGCUAUUGAGGGACUCUCCGUCCAGGCUCAGUCGCAGCAACAGCAUAAGGUCAACUAAAUCUGAAAAAUUGUAUCCGUCAAUGCUUCACAGGAACGUGGAGCCGGAAAUAGAACCUUACUACUGUUUACCAGUCGGGGCUGUCACCAGUCACUGGUCACAACCCACAAGUCCCGCCCCAAGUUCAACCAGAACCUUUCCACUGUCUCCGACGCACUCUACCCCCAGGCACAGUAUCCCAAAGAACGACGACGUGCACGGCUCUUCCGUCAGUUUGGUUUCGACGACGUCAAGUUUGUACUCGUCCGCGGAAGAAAAACAGGCCCACGAAAUCAGGAAGCUCAGGAAGGAGCUGAUUGAUGCACAAGAGAAAGUUCACACCCUCACGUCCCAACUUAGUACAAAUGCACAUGUCGUAGCGGCUUUCGAACAGAGUCUUACAUCGAUGACCCAGAGGCUUCAACAUUUGACCGCAACGUCGGAAAAAAAGGAUUCAGAACUGGCGGAAUUGCGAGCAGCAAUGGACUCCCUCAGAGCCCAAACGAUUCAAGCAGGAUUCGGGAAAGUGAACUCGAGCAGUUCCGGUUUAUCCAGACAACUCUCUUCCGACAGUGUGUCCAGCAUUUCGUCAGCUUGUAGCAUAGAGAGACACGAAAAGAAAAAGAAAAAGGGAUGGCUGAGGAGCUCGUUCACAAAGGCGUUCUCAAGGAACGCAAAGGUCACCAAAGUGACGACCCAAACGGAAUCUGAAACUGAAAGGUCCCAUUCAAGUCCUCCUCCAUCCGUUCCUCCUCCUCAAGCACCGAUCGAUACGGGAGCCGAAGUUGCAGAACUACAAAAACAGUUGCGUGAAAAAGACCUGGUCUUAACCGACAUCCGUCUGGAGGCUCUAAGUUCUGCACAUCAGCUAGAAAGUCUCAAGGACACCGUAAUGAAAAUGAGGAGUGAGAUGCUAUCGUUGAAGCAAAACAACGAGAGACUCCAAAGACUUGUCGGGGGAUCCGCUAAUGUGCCCCCAGAUGUCACGAACAGUGGAAGUAUGGACCCCAUAGCGGACCUCAUUCCUUUAGAAGAGCCCCCUCCUGAACUGGAAUCGGAUGGGAAACGUAUAACAAUAUCGGUUUACCUAGGUCAACCUCAAACCUUUGACAAGUACUAUUCGGACCACUAUGGGAACGACAAGAGCGAAUUCUCGUCGGCUGAAAUUCCGAUAUCCCAUACAUCCAUCGGUGCGUCAACUUCCUGGGUCCAAUUGGACAACAGCGUCAGAAGAGCAUUCAAGCAACACUUGGCGAGGUUAGAUCCUGGUGGAGGUCUAGGUUUAGGCGGAGACGCGAUACUGAGUUACAAACUGGGGGACGCAGAGAGACGAUGCGACACGUCAGCUCCUGAUCUUCUACCUGUAGGAUACGUUGUCGGGAACGUGACCAGUCUUCAUAUAGUCCUUCAGCCAUUAGCUGCCCUCAGUUUCGAAGCCCUCAUACCAAAAGGUGUCGCCCAGAGACUCGUCUCUCUCCUGACGGAACACAGAAGGAUAGUGUUUUGCGGGGCUCCCGGAACUGGCAAGACGUAUCUUGCUACAAGACUGGCAGAAUUCCACGCCCAGGCCAUGGGCAGGGAUCCAACAGAGGCUGUAGCAACUUUCAAUUGCGAUAAUAAGUCGGGAAAAGAACUGCGCCAGUACUUGUCCCAUUUGAACGAACAGGCAACCUCAGGAGAUAACAACGACUUCCCUUGCGUCGUCAUCCUGGACAACUUACACAAAGCAGGUCCGUUCCCGGACGCUCUGGGAUCGCUGUCUCGAAGUUUGCCAUGUCUUCUAGGUACAAUGGCCCAGUCAGCGUGUUCAGCGACGAGUCUUCAACUUCAGCACGGGUUCCGAUGGGUCCUGGUCGCACCCCACAUGGAACCGGCUAGGGGACUCCUUGGCAGGGUCUUGAGGAGGCGUCUAGCGACUGUGGAAUUGGAGCAAGGGCCACAAACUGAACUAGCAGCAGUAUUAGGAUGGUUGCCAAGGGUCUGGCAACAUCUAAACGCGUUCCUCGAAACCCACAGUUCGGGAGACGUGGCAAUUGGACCAAGAUUGUUCCUGGGAUGCCCGCUGGAGCUGGACGCUGCCAGAGCAUGGUUUGCUGACGUCUGGAACUACUCUUUAGCCCCGUACCUUCGGGAAGCCGCCAGAGAAGGGUUGCAACUAUACGGGAAGAGAUCUGCCUGGAUCGAUCCGUUGAAAUUCAUCCUGGACACUUAUCCUUGGCCCGGUGCCUCACCACAAGGACUCACGAGCAUUUCGGCGAGGGACGUAGGCUUGGAAAUCAGUUCCAGUGCUCAAUCCGAGAACGAAGGCGACCCUCUACUGAAUAUGAUAAUGAGACUUCAGGAAGCAGCCAACUGUUCAAGUCCGCAUUCGAACGACUCGAAAAACAACACGAUAGACAACACUUUAACACAAAACAACCGCGUCGACAACAAGAAUAGUUUAUAAUAAUUAUUGUUUUAUUUUAUUUAUUUAUUUAUUUUAUUUUGGUGCUAUAUGUUGAACGUAAGUAAAUAAAAAGAAAGUUUUGUACGUUUAUUGAAACCAUCAGCAUUUAGUCAUA